CGCGUGUGCGUGUGACGUCAGGGAAUCAGGCACGUGACGUCGGCUUUAGGCGCGCGGCAUUAGGCGCGUGACAUUCGGCGGCCUGUGUCUGGGGAACCCGUGAGGGGGAGGCGCGCGAGGACAAAUAUUAAGAACUAGAGAUUUCUUAAGAUGAAUGAGAAUGAGGUGUCGAAGACUCUCCAAGCACGAAAACUCCCUGAGUGGAUGUCUGCACUGCAAAAGGAACCUGAUCCAGAAAAAAAAAAGAGGAGUCUUCUGGAAGAUAACCUUCCCUUACUGAAAUUCCCCGGAUCCAUCGUUUACAGCUACGAAGCGAACGACUGUUCUUUCCUGGCAGAAGACAUUCGAAUGAGCUUAUCUGAUGGAGCUGUGAUCGGCUUUGACAUGGAGUGGCCACCACCAUUUUGGAAGGGCAGGCCAGGCCGGGUUGCCCUCAUCCAGUUAUGUGUCUCUGAGAGCAAAUGCUAUUUAUUUCACAUUGCUUCUAUGUCAGUUUUCCCCCGGGGACUGAAGAUGUUACUGGAGAGUGAAACCAUUCGGAAGGCUGGCCUGGGAACUGGCGACCAGUGGAAGCUCCUCAGAGACUUUGAUGUCCAUCUCAGGAGCUUUGUGGAGCUGGCCAGUCUGGCCAAUGAGAAGCUCAGGUGUAAAGAGAAUUGGAGCUUGGAUGGUUUGGUUAAGCAUCUCUUCAGGAAGUGUCUUCUGAAGGAGCAGUCCAUCCGCUGUGGGCGCUGGGAAGACUUCCCACUCACUGAGGACCAGAAGCAGUAUGCUGCCAUUGAUGCUUACGCUAGUUUCAUCAUUCACCAACAAUUGGAAACCUUGAGUGGAACUGACCAGAUGCUUCCAACAAAAGCCACGGAGGACCAAUUUCCUGAGAAGGUAAAGAAGCAGUUGCUGUCACUCUCUGAAGAGAUGGUGGAUCUGACCAAGCGUUUUUCCCAUCCUCGGAGACCCUCCCAAGAGCCACAGAGGGUUAUGGAGUUGCUAAAGAGCCUUUCAGAAGACCUGGACACGUUAAGGACCACGCUGCUUGGGGUUCCAAGUCCAGAGAGACACCUUGGGGCCCACAGUGGCUCACCCGCCCCUUCAGAGGCUCCCUCUGUGCCUGAGGAAGGGGCACAGGCUGCAUCCAAACACAGUGGAUGGGACUCAAAGUCUGGCAACUUACUUGGACCUGGAGGAGGAAAUAGGAUGGACAGUACAGUGGAGUUGACUGCGGCUAGGUAUGAAGGGAGAAGGGAGGACCAAGGACCCCAGGAAGAUGAGAGAAGAGUCUGCUUGAUGUCGUUGGAUGUGACUGAAUAUGAGCUUCAGAUGUGGGAGCAACAAGAGCAGGAAGAAAGGAACAAAGCCACCUAUGUGUCUGACCAGGACCUAAUUUCUGCAGUGGACACUCAUGAUCUUUCUUCUGUUAUUGAAAGUGAUGAAGAUCUGGAGAUGGAGAUGCUCCAAACUUUGGAAGAAGUAGACUGUGACAAGUUGGAGCAGAGUGUUUCAGAGUCACCAGAAACAGAAAGUGAGGUGCGGACUGACAUGGCCGAUGAGGGUGAUGAAGAAGCUAUUGAAGAAGAGGACGAUGAAUGGGACCCUUUGUUACCAGCACCUACUGCAGAGCAUGUCAUUUGCCUAAAGACCUACUUUGGACAUUCCAGUUUUAAACCGGUCCAGUGGAAAGUGAUCCAUUCUGUUUUACAAGAAAGAAGAGAUAAUCUUGUCGUUAUGGCUACUGGGUAUGGCAAGAGUUUGUGCUUCCAGUUUCCUCCUGUGUUUGUUGGUGGAAUUGGCAUCGUUGUCUCUCCUCUGAUUUCUCUGAUGGAAGACCAGGUGCUUCAACUCGAAAUGUCCAACAUUAAGGCUUGUUUCCUUGGAUCAGCUCAGUCAGAAAAUGUCAUCAGUCGUGUAAAAGUGGGAGAGUUCAGGGUUGUGUAUAUGACCCCAGAGUUCUGCUUGGUGAGCUUGGACCUGCUUAAGCAGCUUGAUGCCACUUUGGGGAUCACCUUGGUUGCUGUGGAUGAGGCCCACUGUGUGUCAGAGUGGGGGCAUGAUUUCAGAAAUGCAUUCCGAAAUUUGGGCUUACUGAAGACCACCCUGCCAUCGGUGCCUAUGCUGGCGCUGACAGCAACAGCGAGCUCCUCCAUCCGAGCUGACAUUGCACACUGUCUCUAUCUGCGGGACCCUCAGGUCACCUGCACCAGCUUCGACCGGCCAAACCUCUACCUGGAUGUUGGACCAAAGACGGGGAGUAUCCUUCGGGAUUUGGACAAGUUUCUUGUGAAAAAACCAGGAUCGUGUUGGGAAUUUGAAGGCCCCACUAUCAUCUAUUGCCCUUCUAGGAAGAUCUCUGAACAAGUGACUGUAGAACUCCGGAAACUGGACUUAGCAUGUGGGACAUACCAUGCGGGCAUGGGGAUUAAGUCGAGGAGAGAGAUCCAUCAUAAAUUCAUGCGAGAUGAAAUCCAGUGUGUCAUAGCCACAGUCGCCUUUGGCAUGGGGAUUAACAAAGCAGAUAUCCGCAAAGUCAUCCACUAUGGUGCUCCUAAGGAGAUGGAGUCUUACUACCAGGAGAUUGGCAGGGCCGGUCGUGAUGGCCUGCCCAGUGCUUGCCACGUGCUCUGGACCCCUGCGGACAUUAACUUCAACAGGCUUCUACUUAGUGACAUACAGAAUGAUAAUUUUCGACAAUACAAAUUGAAGAUGAUGAGACAGUUAGAAAAAUACCUUCAGUCCAGCAAUUGCAGGCGAAAAAUCAUCUUGUCUCAUUUUGAAGACAAACAGCUCCGAAAGGCCUCCUUGGGCAUCAUGGGAACAGAACAGUGUUGUGAUAACUGUCGGGCCAGACUCAACAACCCUCAUUCUGGUGAUGACUCGGAAGAGAACUUAAAGGACUUCGGACCACAGGCCUAUAAAUUGUUGUCUGCAGUAUGUGUCUUAGGACAGAAGUUUGGAAUUGGAAUGCCAGUUUUAUUUCUUCGAGGAUCGAAUUCUCAACGUCUUCCUGAUAAAUUCCGCCGUCAUUGUCUCUUUGGUGGUGGCAAGGACCAUUUGGAGAGCUGGUGGAAGGCUUUGGCUCGACAGCUUAUUUUGGAGGGAUUUUUAGAAGAAAUGCCAGGAUACAAUAAAUUUGCCAAAUUUUGUGUUCUUUCAGAGAAGGGUAGAAACUGGCUGGAUCAAGCCACUGACGAGUCAGCCCGAACUCUCCUCCUUCAUGCCAGUGAAGACUUGUGUCCAAGGAAGUUACUAAAUCUAAGUGUUUUGCCAAUGUCUCCAGUGAAGCCUCUUCCUGCACCCCUCAACUCCCCAGCAUCUGUGUCAUCCAAAGAGCAGGAGUUGCAGACUAUGUUGUAUUGUAAACUGGUAGAAGAGAGGCAGAAGCAGGCCAGUGAGAAGGACAUCCCUCCAGCUUUAUUAGCUACCAACAAGGUGCUGGUGGAUAUGGCCAAGAUGAGGCCAAGUACCCUGGAAAGUCUGAAAAACAUCGAUGGUGUUUCAGAAGCAAAGUGUACAAUGCUGUCCCCUCUCCUAGAGGUCAUCUGUAAAUUUAGCCAGAUGAACAACCUUCUGACAGACUUGUUUUCCAGCCCUUCACCUGGAUUGGAAGAGAAGAAAUGUUGUCUCAGCCAACUGCCUGCAUCAGUCUCCAUCACUUACUCUUUGUUCCAGGAAAAGAACUUGUCUUUGCGGAGCAUUGCUGAGAGCAGGACAAUGCCUCUCCCCGUGGUUGGCACUCACUUAUCCCAGGCAGUGAAGGCGGGCUACCCUGUGGACUUGGAACGCGCAGGCCUGACUCCACACAUCCAGAAGAUAAUCACCGAUGUGAUCCAGAAACCUCCUAUCAGCUCCGAUAUUUCCAAAAUGAAGGCCAUCAGGACUCUGGUUCCUUCAGAUAUUGAGACCUACCUCAUCCAGAUAGUAGUGGCGCUGGUGGAAAAGGAGAGGAAGCAGAACGUCGCACUAUCUGACCCAUUUCCAAAGGAAUCCAAUGUGGAGAGUGGAGUGCCCAGCACUUCAGGGCCCUGCUCAAGUACCAACAAGCCUUCAGCAGAGACCUCCAAGAGGAAGUUCCCAGAAUGGUUCUCUUCGGCCAAGGGGUGCGCACCUCCACCAGGCAGCUCCAAGAAAACGAAAGCCAGGAAGGGGCUUUUCACUUGAGUUGGGGCAGUCUCAGGAGCUGUGCACCCUCAUCUCCCUCUGACCUUUGUCACUUUACUUUGAUGGUUUGGGGGAAGAGUUGUCAUCGGACAAGUGGGAUGUUUCCCAGAAUGUCCAGGUUGUCCCAAUUCCUUUCCAGAUUGCCUUCAGAAGAGAAGGCUCUUAGAGUGAUUUCCCAAGGCCUCUAUGCUGUGGCCUCAAACCCACUGGGGUGUGGAAAGGGCUCUUGUCCUCCUCUUAAUUAGGGACAGACCCUCACCUGCCUUGCCUGCCUCCUGAGCCAGUCUAGAAGCUGCCUCUGGCUAUACUGGGAGGGGGCACACACACAUUCUCUUUUGGAGCCAACGUGUCCAAGAGGUUUCAUUUUUAAAGUAAUGGACCCUUUGGGCCUGACGUAUUUUCCUCGUUUUCUCUGAGGCUGCCUUCCUGCCUGCUGCUGCAGGUACAGAGGGAUGGGGGACUAUCCCCUGUGACUUCUGUUAGCUUUUAGGUGUGGGCUAUACACACCAUCAAAGGAAUGACACAGCUCAUGAUGACUGGCCAGUCUCAUUCCUUCAUGAGGCACUUUGUACUUAGGCUGUUGGAUAGUUUUUCAUGUUCUCGAGUGUUACAAUGGGUGAGAGCUGGUGUGGGGCUGCCCUUAGGGAAUUGGUGGCUUGUGCUGCCCCUGUCUCAGACUUCCCAGACCCCAGCUGCCUCUGCGCCCCACAGCCUCUUUGUCUAGUCCUCCUUGGCCAUGUGCUUCUCACUGAUUUACUGGGUGUCCCUGGAGUGUGAGGUAGUUGAUUUGGAUUCCCCCAUGUCUCCUGGUACCAAGAUUAUUUUUAGUUCAAUAAAUUAGUGCCUAAAUUGCUUUAAAGUUUAUUAUGCAUUUCUCUGUGUUGUUCAUAAAUAUCAUGGCUACCAUCAGGAGCUCUCACUCAACUUGUUUGGUGCAACAGUAUGGACAACAAGGGGGUAAAAGUUAGCCUGUCUACAAAAUGGGUAAGAUGAUAUCCAUGCUCAUGUGAUGUAAAUGCUAAUGAUUAUUCCUUUUAACCUGGAGGUGCCAUGGCUGCUUGGGGUGGUAGUAGGGAGGACCCUAACUCCCCCAAAGUCGAACUGGAAAGGUAUGCAAUGAGAAGAGCUCACAUUUUAACCUUUACCAAACUUCCCUUACAGCAGCCAGGGGGAGAGGGAGGGAAAGGUUUUUGUUUUUUUUGGGGGGGGGGAUUCAGUGAGAUAACAUGGAAAACACUUUGCAGACUUUGAAGCUUAAUGUUGCUAAAAACUAGAUAUUGUUAUUAUUGUUCAUACUUUUGUUAUCUCUGUUUUACCACAUGGUGGGGAGAAUGUGCCAGUGCAGUCACAAUCCCAGACCAAUCUUGCUUCCCCACUACACUUCUCAGAGCAGGUCCCAAGGCUCAGGGGGCUCUGUUCUGCCCAUUCUCCCUGGCCUGCCCCUGUCAGGGCCCUGUGCUGGAAUUCCUGCUUGACUCCGUGUCCAUCAAGCCCUCCUAUAUUGCUUGCUUCAUUAGCCUCCUUACACUAUAGACACUUUUCUCUCCUUUAAUUGCUCUUCUUUAGAAAUCAAUUCCGUUUUUGAGAAACAAGGAUUUGCAGCCACUGAGAAGUGCUUAAAGACUUACCUCUCCGAAGCCAUUUUCGGUGUCAGGGAAGUGGGCAGCUUUGAUGGUGGUCUCCAGCCUUCUCUGGCUGUAUGGUUCUGGGCUAGUCAUCAUACCCCUCAGGGAAGCAGUGUGGUAGUAGCAUGGAGAACAUACUGGAUUUGGGAUCAGUAAACCUUAGUUUGGAUCAGCCUGGCCCUUCCACUUGGUGCCUGUGUGUAAUAGGAAGAGGACAUUUGCAAAAGAACUUUGCAAUGUAAACUUUCAAGUGAUUGACAGGAGCAUGUGACUGGAGUCACAUGGGAGCCUAAGGGUCAAGAUGUGGAUAAAGAUUUUAAGGCCCCAACAGAAAACUCACUUCUCUUCUGAAGGACCUUGGAUUGGAGGUUUUACAUCAGAUUUUUGGCCUUUUGGUGAUGCCAGCUGAAGAGAGAGGAAUCCUGCUUGGACUGGCUGCUGGCAGCUAAAACAGAGAACUAAAGACUCACUUCUCCACUGGACCUGCUUUGGACAGUUUUCAUCUGAAGAUCCUGGCCUAUUGAUUGGACUCCAUUUGUGAGAUUUUGUGUUGGGGAAACUUAAUGUUUUUAGUUUAGAUAAGUUAGGUUUAAGAUAUGUUUAUAGAAAUUAGGGUUUAAGAUAAAUUAUAAUUUUCCUUACCCUUUUCCCUUUCCCCAAAAUAAACCUGAUUUUUAUGUUU